CGUGCAGAAUCGCAAUUCGCAGAGGACGCUUGGUGAUCUGUUUGGCCUUACCUCGCUCAGAAACCGACACAUAAUCCUCCCUGACAUGCGUAGCUAUCGCCUGCGGAUAACAAUUUCGCUGCUUGGGUUCUUUUCUCGAUGUGAAAACGGUGGUGGGUUGUCAUUUUGCGGCUCCGUUAACUCGUAGGAGAGCUACCCUUCAUCAUCGCUCUUGCCUUCUUUCUUCUUGUGUGAGAGCCAUAUAGCUCCUCUGGCUCUGGGAACAACAAAAGAUUUCAAAUUUGCACUGUGCUGAGAUCAUUGUCCAUUUUUGAAGUUUAGCGUGAGUGCCUUUUAAUAGUCUUUAUAAGCAUUGCUCCUGUGUUGCGAAACAGAGGAAUUUAUUGACUAAACCACAUUCUGCUCAAUGGUGGAACCCAACAAUGCCGAGUAUGUAGUGCUAGGAGAAGCAUCUUCUCCUAGGUUGGAUGAGAUCCAGAAGGUUUCAAUCGUUCCUCUUAUUUUCUUGAUAUUUUAUGAAGUUUCUGGAGGGCCAUUUGGUGUUGAAGACAGUGUCAAGGCAGCUGGACCCCUUUUAGCUCUUCUUGGAUUUUUUCUUUUUCCAUUUAUAUGGAGCAUUCCAGAAGCCUUGAUAACUGCAGAAAUGAGUACCAUGUUUCCAGAGAAUGGUGGGUAUGUAGUAUGGGUAUCAUCAGCUCUGGGUCCUUAUUGGGGAUUUCAACAAGGUUGGAUGAAAUGGCUAAGUGGGGUUAUUGAUAAUGCUUUAUACCCGGUUUUGUUUCUAGACUAUCUGAAAUCUGCAAUACCAGCACUUGAGAGUGGUUUCCCUAGAAUAGUAGCUGUUCUGGCACUGACUAUUGCUCUAACUUAUAUGAACUACAGGGGUUUAACAAUAGUGGGACGGGUUGCUAUACUCUUAGGGGUGUUUUCUCUUCUUCCUUUUGUGUUCAUGGGACUUGUUGCAAUCCCGAAAUUGAAGCCUUCAAGAUGGCUUGUGAUGGAUUUGGAUAAUGUGGACUGGGGUUUAUACUUAAACACUCUCUUUUGGAAUCUUAAUUACUGGGACUCGAUUAGUACUCUUGCUGGGGAGGUGGAAAAUCCUAGUAAAACUCUUCCCAAAGCUCUGUUUUAUGCUGUUAUCUUGGUUGUUUCAGGGUACCUUUUCCCUAUCUUGAUUGGUACUGGAGCAGUUCCACUCGAUCGUGAACUAUGGUCUGAUGGAUAUUUCUCAGAUAUUGCAAAAAUUCUGGGAGGUAUAUGGUUAAGAACGUGGAUCCAGGGAGCUUCUGCUUUAUCAAACAUGGGCAUGUUUGUGGCUGAGAUGAGCAGCGACUCCUUUCAACUUCUGGGAAUGGCAGAGCGAGGGAUGCUUCCUGAGUUCUUUGGCAAGAGGUCUAGCUAUGGAACCCCUGUAGCUGGGAUCAUAUUCUCUGCAUCUGGUGUGAUUUUGCUCUCAUGGUUGAGCUUUCAGGAGAUUGUAGCUGCAGAGAACUUCUUAUACUGUUUUGGAAUGAUUAUGGAAUUUAUAGCAUUUGUAAAAUUGAGGAUAGAAUACCCAGGAGCACCUAGGCCUUAUACAAUACCUGUUGGGACAGCUGGAGCAAUUUUGAUCUGCAUUCCUCCAACACUUCUAAUUUUAGUAGUCUUAGCACUUGCUUCUCUCAAAGUCAUGGCCAUUAGCAUCUUCACGGUGAUUUUAGGGCUCGCCAUGCAGCCUUGUUUGAUGUAUGCUGCAAAGAAGAGGUGGUUUAGGUUCUCUGAGAAUUCUAACAUUGCAGACAUCUAUUCCACUUAUUACGAGCGUAAUGCACCAUGAAUGCUCAGUAAAGGUUUCCUUCUCCAGUUCUAUGUGCAUACGAAAUGCAUAUGCUAUUCAAUGCUUAAAUUUCCUGUUGUUUUAACCAUGUCCAUCAGUAACUUGACAAAUGCUUUGAGGCCAACUUCUAAUUGAAUUUUAAUAAAGUUGGAUUAGAAUUUCAUGACAUGUAGGUUUGGGUUUGCUCAAAUCAAUUAGGCCUAAAAGCCUCAUUUGCUGUCUUCUAAAAUCUAUCUGAACACUGAUGACUUCUGUGAGGUGAUCUGGAAAAGUGGAAUUUUUGCUGCUUGGAGAUGCAAAUUCUCUUUUAAUGGAUACUACUUCCUUCGAGGCCAACUUCUGCUUUUUUAUCUGAAAAGUUUACAAAUCAGAUAUAUUUGAGAUGCUUUCUUUUUCCCCUGAAUUUGAACUUCAAUGUAUCCUCUUUUUGUGCAGUAAUGUUUUUUUUUUUUAACUAGAAAUUAUGAUAUACAGCACUUCCACUCA